CCCCUCUCCCCCCAGCCGAGGCCCGAGCGCUGCCGCAGCCUGAGCCGAGCCCACCAUGGACACCGGAGUCAUCGAAGGGGGUCUCAAUGUCACACUCACCAUCCGGCUACUCAUGCACGGAAAGGAGGUGGGAAGCAUCAUUGGGAAGAAAGGGGAGUCGGUGAAGAAGAUGCGUGAGGAGAGCGGAGCUCGCAUCAACAUCUCGGAAGGGAACUGCCCCGAGCGGAUCAUCACCCUCGCGGGACCCACCAACGCCAUCUUCAAAGCUUUUGCGAUGAUCAUUGACAAACUGGAAGAGGACAUCAGCAGCUCCAUGACCAACAGCACAGCUGCCAGCCGGCCCCCGGUCACCCUCCGGCUCGUGGUCCCUGCCAGCCAGUGCGGGUCCCUCAUUGGCAAGGGAGGCUGCAAGAUCAAGGAGAUCCGAGAGAGCACGGGGGCACAGGUCCAGGUGGCAGGGGACAUGCUGCCCAACUCGACUGAGCGAGCCAUCACCAUUGCUGGGAUCCCACAGUCCAUCAUCGAGUGCGUCAAACAGAUCUGCGUCGUCAUGCUUGAGUCUCCCCCGAAGGGUGUCACCAUCCCGUACCGACCCAAGCCAUCCAGCUCUCCCGUCAUCUUUGCAGGCGGCCAGGACAGGUACAGCAGCGGCAGUGCGAGCUACCCCCACACCGCCCCAUCCAUGUGCCUCAACUCUGACUUGGAGGGACCACCUCAGGAGGCCACCCGGCAGCCACUGCAUGGCAACGAACUUGGGCCAAUUCCAGCCUGGGCUGCAGUUCUUCCGGCCUAUACCAUUCAAGGACAGUAUGCCAUUCCACAGCCAGAUCUGACCAAGCUGCACCAGUUGGCAAUGCAACAGUCACACUUUCCAAUGUCUCAUGGCAACACUGGAUUCAGUGGCGUUGACUCCAGCUCUCCCGAGGUGAAAGGCUAUUGGGGUUUGGAUGCCUCUGCCCAAACCACCUCCCAUGAACUCACCAUUCCAAACGAUCUGAUUGGCUGCAUCAUCGGGCGUCAGGGCGCCAAGAUCAACGAGAUCCGCCAGAUGUCCGGGGCUCAGAUCAAGAUUGCCAACCCCGUGGAAGGCUCCACUGACAGGCAGGUGACCAUAACUGGAUCUGCAGCGAGCAUCAGCCUGGCCCAGUAUCUAAUCAAUGUCAGGCUCUCCUCGGAGACCGGGGGCAUGGGCAGCAGUUAGGGGGGCCCCGGACCCCCCCGCCUCGCCAUCCAUCUGCGGCCCCUUAGCACCGACCCAGGUUUUAAACUAGUUUGUACAUUUUCGGUUCCUCCAGCCUCGCGCCACUCACCAGGUUCAGUUUGUUUCAAAAAAAAUUUUUUUUUUUUGUUUUGUUUUUUUUGUUUUUGUUCUGUUUUUCGGGGUUAUAUUUUUUCCUCUCAAAUUAAAAGCAUUUUAAUUCCUUCGUUCAGCUCUUAAAAUUGCUGAACCCCAGAUCUUAGUUUUAUAAAGCUUCUCUCUCCUCUCCCCACCCCCCCAGCACCUUCUCCCCUCCUCUCCCCGUUUUUUCGGCUCAUGAAGUUUCUGUUUUUGUCAUGAAAUGUAAGAGUGGAAGAAAAACGAAAAAAAAGCAAAAAAAAACAAAAAAAAAAACAUUUCAGUUUAGUUCUGUAACGUCAGGAAAUUUUUCAAAAAAAAACUGAAUAAAAAGAUGGACUGGAGCUUUUCCUUGUGAAUAGAACCUGCAGGAUAUUUUGGUUAAUGGA